UAAAAAGAAACAAAAACAAACCAUUUGAUUGAUUGUGUUUCAAUCUGAAGGCAGAAACAAAUAUCAUUUCAGCUUUGAAUGCUUCUCCCUCCAUUCAUCCUUCUUCACCCAAUUGAAGAAGGCCUUUAAAACGAAUAAACAAAGGCACCCAUUUGGUUAAAAUUCGAUCUUUUGAAAGCCACAAUCGCCAAAGAAGAAAAAGGGAAAAUGGGUGCGUACAGAGCGGAUGAUGAUUACGAUUACUUGUUCAAGGUUGUGUUGAUCGGAGACUCCGGCGUUGGUAAAUCGAAUCUCUUGUCUCGAUUCACCAAAAACGAAUUCAGCUUGGAAUCCAAAUCCACCAUUGGCGUUGAAUUUGCCACACGCAGCAUUCACGUUGAUGACAAGAUUGUAAAGGCGCAAAUUUGGGACACUGCAGGCCAAGAAAGAUAUCGUGCAAUCACAAGUGCAUAUUAUCGAGGAGCUGUUGGUGCAUUACUUGUGUACGAUGUUACCAGACAUGUGACCUUUGAAAACGUGGAGAGAUGGUUAAAGGAGCUUAGGGAUCACACAGAUGCCAACAUUGUAAUUAUGCUUGUGGGAAACAAGGCAGAUCUUCGUCACCUGCGUGCCGUGGCCACCGAUGAUGCCAAGGCAUUCGCCGAGAGAGAAAACACAUUUUUUAUGGAAACAUCUGCUCUUGAGUCCUUAAAUGUUGAUAAUGCUUUCACAGAAGUGCUCACUCAGAUAUAUCGUGUUGUCAGUAGGAAGACUCUUGAGAUUGGUGAUGACCCUGCAGCCUUGCCCAAGGGGCAGACGAUCAAUGUGGGCGGAAGGGACGACGUCUCCGCCGUUAAAAAGGCUGGAUGCUGCUCUGCAUAGCUUGACAUGUCUUUGGAAGCAAAACAGUAUCGUAUAUCUAUCUGUGCAUGAUCCAACUAGUCCUCAACAUUUGGAUAUCCAAGUCAAAUGUUUUAACACAUACACUUCUCUUUUUAUGUAAUUUUUCUCACAUAUCUUGCCAAGUUUGUUCUUUUUUCUGUAAGCAUUGUUUUGUCAUAGGAAUGAUGUCACGUU